UAUUUCAUUAUUUGAAAAGUUUAUAUUUUAAAAUUGUCUAAUGUCUACAUUAUUUUUGUUAGAGCAUUGGUGAAUCGUUUACAAUGGAAAACGCGUGGAAAACUGAAAUUCCAGAAUUCAGGCCGGAAGACAAUCCUCACGGCCUUUUGGAGGAAAGUUCAUUCGCCACAUUAUUUCCCAAGUACCGAGAAACGUAUCUGAAAGAAUGUUGGCCGUUAGUGCAAAACUCAUUGUCAAAAUUUCACAUCAAGGCUGAUCUGGAUUUGCUAGAAGGCAGUAUGAGUGUGCGCACCACACGCAAAACCUGGGAUCCAGCAUCGAUAUUGAAGGCACGAGAUUUAAUCAAACUGUUGUCAAGGAGUGUUCCGUAUGAGCAUGCUGUACGCGUAAUGGAAGACGAUAUGGCUGCUGAUAUAAUCAAGAUCGGCUCAAUGGUGAGAAAUCGUGAUAAAUUUGUAAAACGAAGACAAAGACUCAUUGGCCCAGGAGGAUGCACAUUGAAGUCUGUUGAAUUGCUGACCAACUGUUAUGUGCUUGUACAAGGACAAACUGUAGCAGCUCUAGGACCCUUUAAAGGACUACAACAGGUACGCCGUAUUGUGACGGAUACAAUGAAAAAUAUUCAUCCCAUUUACAACAUAAAAGCAUUGAUGAUUAAACGUGAACUGGAGAGAAAUCCCAAGUUGAAAAAUGAAAAUUGGGAUAGGUUUUUACCAAAUUUCAAACCCAAGAAUGUGCCUAAAAAGAAAUCUACAAAGAAAGCGAAGAAACCAUACACUCCGUUCCCACCCGCUCCAACAGAGAGUAAGAUAGACAAAUUAUUAGAGUCAGGCGAGUACUUUCUCAAAGAAGACGAGAAACAAAAAAGGAAAAAGAAAAUUAAAGAAGACAAGCAGAAGGAAGCUAAAAUUAAAAGAGAAGCAAAACGUAAUUUGGCAUUUAUUCCUCCUGUUGAAUAAUAAAAUAAAAAAAUAAUUGUAAAUGUAUAUAGGUAAAAAUAUAAUGAUUUUUAAUGUUAAUUUUUUCUUUUUAAUAUAAUACCAAUAAGUUGAUAUGGUAA